AUGACACAAAAGAACUUCAAUAAAGAUGAAUCAAUUGAGGUCGAACAUAAUUACGAAUAUGAAAUCUCUCAACUGCAGGCUAGAAUCAGAUAUAAGUACGUGAAACGUCCCCCUCGGAAAGCUUAUGGCCGAUUGAGUGUGGAUUCAGAUGAUGGUUCCUCAAUGAAGAACAAUAUCGACGAUCCCUUCGAUGAUCUGGAGAAUUUUGAAAUGAUUUCGUCAAAGGAUAACAAUGGUGGUGCUACGACGACGACACAACAUCGCCAUCACCAACAUCCUGUAGAUAACGAUGAUGGCCAUCAUCGUCACCACGAUAUGCAGGGUAACUAUGUUGAGAAUGAUUCGGACUUGGAACUGGAUGGACCAUCAUCAAAAAACGACACAUCCCGACGACAAAAGGAGAUUAACGCAAAUACCAUAAGCCGAUUACAGGCAAUGGCCAUGUCCGACGACGAGGAUUAUGAUGAGUCCUUGACUUGUAACGUGUGUGAUAGAGCUUUUCAUUGUCACAGGCAGUUGGCGUCCCAUCAACAAAAAAAGCGACAUUUUGGAUGCGGUGGCUGUGAUAGCUUAUUCCCUUCACUUAUGCUCCUCGAACACCACAAGGAAGAAUUUGAACAUUGGAGUGACGACGAAAUAAGUCGAAGGAUAUGUUGUCGUCGAAAUCGUGGAGAUGAUUAUUUCACAGAUACCGAUUCAUUUACCAGCGAAGCAGAAAGUGAAGACCUUGAGCGUCUUUUAUAAAACAACAACAACAAAAUCCUGACCCAUUAUUUUUUACACUUCACCUACAUUUUGGAGUUUGUGUAAUAAAUUAUGAAUCUCCAUUGUAAAUAGUCAUAUAGACGGUACAUAAAUUAUUUAUAAAUAUACAUAAUAUAGGUAUCAAUAUAUUUAGAGUUAUUAUGUAACUGAAAUCAGCCUCCUUCCAUAAUUUAAAAAUAAAAUAUGAACAAGAAAACCAAAAAUCCUAUGCAAAUUAUUUAUUUUUUAAAAAAUCAAAACAAAAAGAUAUCAUCAAAAAAUACCAAAGAAUUUAAAAUCACAGCUACAUAAAUCAAAAAUUAAAUUAAAAACGAAAAAUAGGGAAACAAAAAUAUUUUUGUACAAUAUUUGUAAUGUUUUGUAUUGAAAAUCAAAAAUACAUUUUGUUCACACAAAAUUAAAAUUUUGUUUAAGUUUUUGGCUUCCAAGUUGCUAUCACAAUUCAUGUAAAUUAAGUAAACAUUUUGAUUAUUAUUUUGUAUGAAUUUAUUGUAUGUGUAAACAAUUAUUGAAAUAUUAGAAUUAAGAAAAAAACAAACAAAACAAAGAGGACAUCCUCAUUUACCGAGACUUUGUAAGUCUUUGACUAUGUACUUAUAUCUCUUAUGUAUCAAACUCUAACUGGAAUUUAUAUCCCGAAACAAAAUACCUAAACCAUAUCAAUAAUAUUCUUAUGUUUUAGAGUACAUGCGUAUAUAAAUAAAAAUAUAUUCAAAAUAAAAUGUAAUAAAACAAACCAUGA